AUGUAUGACAGUAUUGGGACUCACCUCGACAUCACACAUGCAGUGAGCCAGGCAAGCCAGUUUGCAAUUAACUCUGGGAGGCAACACUGGAUUGCAGCCAAAAUAAUCUUAAAGUACCUAAAUGGUACAAGUUCAUUAACGUUGAUGUUUACAAAGUCAAAAGGUAUGACUUUGAAAGUUUUCUGUGAUGCCUACUGGGGAUCAGAUGAAGACGACCAUCAUUCCUACAUGGAAUACUUGUUAGUUUUGGCAGGUGCAGCCGUUAGCUGGGCGAGCAGAAAGCAACCCACUACUGUUGCCCUAUCCACCACUGAGGUGGAGUACAUGGCACUUACAGAAACUGCAAAGAAGCAUUAUGGAUGA